CCCUCGUGGAUCACGAACUUGUAGAUUAUUAUUUCGCCUAAUGAUUAAUGUUCUAGAUGCGGAUAUAUGGAUAUAUUCCAUGAUGUCAAUAUAAAUGCACGUAGAGUUCUCUGCAAUUGAGCAUAGCACCUGUAACAAUCUACUCUCCCUUUGAAGGUAACUUUUAAUAUUGAUCGUAAAGCAAACAAAGAUGGCCCAAAAGGUGGAAGCACAAGGAGGGAAAGGAGGUAUUCAAUGGGACGAUGGAUCCGAACACGAUGCCGUAACCAAGAUUCAGGUCGGAGCAGGUGGAAUCGGCAUUCAAUACGUCAAGUUUGAUUAUGUGAAGAACGGACAAACCGAAGAAGCCCCUCUUCGCGGAGUCAAAGGCCGUAGUAUCGCAGCUGAUCCGUUUGUUAUUAACCAUCCAGAGGAGCAUCUAGUUUCUGUAGAAGGUUGGUAUAACCCUGAUGGUUUCAUUCAAGGGCUUAAGUUCAUAUCCAACAAGAAAACCUCUGAUGUCAUUGGAUACGAUGACGGUACUCAUUUCACUCUCCAAGUUCAAGACAAGAAGAUCAUUGGCUUUCAUGGGUUUGCCGGAGACUGUGUCAACUCUCUUGGAGCUUACUUUGCUCCGUUGACUUCAACCCCGUUGACCCCUGCCAAGAAGCUGCCGGCACUUGGUGCUGAUGCAGGAACUGCAUGGGAUGAUGGUGCUUACGAUGGUGUUAAGAAGGUGUACGUAGGACAGGCCGAAGAUGGUAUAUCAGUCGUUAAGUUUGUGUACGACAAAGGCGCUGAGGACAUCGUCGGAGCUGAACAUGGAACGAGUACUCUACUCGGAUUCGAAGAGUUCGAACUUGACUAUCCAAGUGAGUACAUCACGGCUGUCCAAGGCACCUACGAUAAAAUCUUUGGGAGUGAUGCAAUGGUCAUAAAUAUGCUUAGGUUCAAGACUAAUAAGCAAACAUCUACUCCAUUUGGACUUGAAGCUGGCACAGCCUUUGAGCUAAAAGAGGAAGGCCACAAGAUCGUGGGAUUCCAUGGAAAAGUCAGUGACCUGCUUCAUCAGCUUGGAGUCUAUGUCAUGCCAGUCACCAACUGAUCAUAUGACAUCUUUCACUUUGCUUCCAUUCUGUGAAUCUAAAAUAAGCUAUUAUAUCUAUCUUUUAAAUUUGUUAUGUGAAGUCUCCUCGUGCCUCUGGCGACCUUUGAAUAAGUGUUUUAAGUAACGUUUCUUGUAAUGUUGUUUUUUCUUUGAUGUGUGUGUAAUCCAUUUCAAUAAAGGAAGUUUAUUCCAUCUCGGUUA